CAGGGCUGUGGUAAAACGCGGGGAAAUUUGGUUCUGACUGGUUCGGUUGGAUCGAAAUGUAGUGGAUGUGUUUGUAUGCAUUUCAGGAGACAGAGUUAUGGACAGAUACGUACUUAUCGUGGUGGUUGAUCUGGAAGUGAAAAAAGAGAGAUCGUUUAAUGGGCUCCAAGCUGCAAAAAAGGUUUAUAACAAGCUCCAAGAUCUUUGCAGGACUCCGAGCACAUCACGGCUUUCUCCCUUUCCUGCUUGCUCUCUGAGUGGAUCUCCAGCCUCCCCGAAAUGGUUCUUCGCUAUUCAAGCCACCCACGGCUCAACACAGUUCUGUAGCUCCGAGUGGGAUGAGGUGUGUGUGCAGCCAGGUGAUGAUGAUGAGCGUGUGCUUUCUCCUGUGGACAGCUGUGCCAGCGCCCUGCAAGAGCAAGAGGAGCAGAGCCAGCUUGAUGAGAUCCCCUCACACAUGGAGCUUUUCGAGGAAGCAGCUGAGACUCUUCAUCAGUUAGCAGACAAACUUCCUCCUCCAGGAAGGUUCCUGUUGGAUGUGAUUCUGCUGUGUGAGGGUGAAGUAGGAAUGAAGGACCUGCUGCCGGCGAUCGGCUCCCUGAAGCACAUGCAGGCUUGGCACUCCGCACAGAUGACGGUCAUCAUGGAGCACAGUGCAGGAUGGCAAACAGCAGCCUCGUACCUGUCGGGCCGAGCGCGUUCUCUCUCUGAUGUAGAGAGCUGCAUCGAUGCCGGUGAGCUUUGGAGAGGGGGGCUGCUGAUCCGAGAGAAGAAGCUGGUCUCUGAGCUGCUGUUUGAGGGUUUCAGUUUGAAGCGUCAGAGCAGUGGUGGCUGGAGCCGAAUGAUCUGCCCACACUCGGACCCCUGCUGCUUCACUGACCACAUGAUUCAGCCUGAGGUGUUUCAGUAUUACCAACCAGUGCUGGAGCUGAUCCAGUUAGUACGAGUGGCAGAUCUUCCUGUGAUCUUUCUUUCCUCCACUGAAUUUGAGCUUGCGUUGUCCAGCAUAUCCGCCAAAGCCAAGCUUUUGUUUGAGCAGCUCCGAGCUCUACGCGGAGAGGUCGGGGCUCUGUUCUCUCUUUCCUGUGUGGUGAGCGUUGAAGCCUUUCCUCCAGCUUCUCAGCUCAGUGCCUCCAAAUGGAGGGAUUUUGUGGCCAAAUGCCCAAAAACCCUUUCUGCUCCUGAUGUCAAGGUGAAAGGAGAGAAAGGCCACUAUCUUCUCUUGGUUCAGGGCUCUGAGACAGGCGGCUGCAAAGCACGAUUGAUACACUCCGCCAGUCAGAUUAAUGGCGCAGUUACACUGAAAAGGAUCAGCAGACUUGUACAGGAUAAAGGUUCAUUAUCCUCAGGCACCGAGAUUGCUGAUUGGCUACAGUCUUUGCCCCGUCUCUGUGGAGAUGACCUCUUGCGGCGGGAGAGGAGGCUGGCCAAGGUCCAGCAUCAGGUCGUCCAGGAAUGUGCCCGAAGAAGAGAGGAGGCACAGAAGCCUGCAGCUGUGCCGCUAAAUGACCUGAGGGUUCUGCUGCGUCUGGCCAGAGAACAAUAUCUGAAGAUGCAGCCCAGAGUUUUAUGUGCGCCAGGAGAGAAGGAGAACCACGCUUCAGUUAUAGGAGCAGACAAUAAGCACAGCGCACACUCGGAACCGCCAGAGAGAAGUGUUCUUCGAAACUAUGAAAACGCACAGAAGAUCCGGCACAAAAACAGGUCUAGUCUCUUCAGCACUGGCUCUUCAGACUGUCUCAUGGGCCCUAAAGAUGCCCAGAAGAGUGUUUCUGCUCCACUGGAUGCACGAGAGCUGCUUAAGCACUUCACUGCUGAUGGCCUACCAAGUGGAGAACUCCAACCUCUCUCUGUCCUCAGAGGGGAUGGUGCGUUCCAGCUGUCGCCUGAUCUCACUCCCAGAAAAGUGACCAGGCUCCAGUUCAGGCAAGCAGCUAACGCCCACUACCAUGGCAUAGAGUUUUGCUUGGACGAGCGAAAGGCUCUGGAGAGAGACUGUGGAUUUGCACGCCUGCAAUCGCGGCUAAUACGCUUCGAGACCCAGACUACGUGCUGUAAGGAGCCAUGCCCGGUGCUGAUGGCUUUGAGCCCCAUGCCCGCACCUACUCCCUCGCCCUCUGAACCCGCCAGCGCCCCGGACGGAGAAGCCGCACACAGCGAACAACUGCGUCUCAAACGGCGCUCCCGUGAACCAGACACACGCACACACCAGCAGAAAAGGUUGGCCAGGUCGGAGAGCAGUGAGUCUCUGGGCUCUCAGUGCAGUGGAGGUAGUGGUAGACAUCCAGCUGUGAGAGCUCUACAGCAACAUUCAGGCCGUUCUCUCUCCUCCUCCUCCUCCACCUCAACCAGACGCUCUGCUUUAGGAGCUGAAAGUUCCAAAGAGCCUCCAGCCAGCCAGAAAGCUAUCCAGGGCCAGACGGAGUCACGCUCACAAAAACACAAUCGAAUGCUAAAGGAGGUGGUUGCAAAGACACUGAAGCACUAUGGCAUCACCAGCGAGCACAAGUGCUUCAAGGCCUGUAGUCAAAGACUGUUUGAUGUAUCAAAGCUUUAUCUGAAGGACCUGAAAACAUCACGGGGUCUUCACGACGAAAUGAAAAAAGCAGCUGGUCGAAAUGCCAAGCAGGUGAUCGACUGGGUUCUGGAGAAAGACAAAAAAUGAUGUGCACAUGACUGGUGUUUACACACAAUGCGUUUACCCAAACUGUAUAUAAAUUAUAUAUUAUAGUGUCUGAAGGAUUUGUCUCUGUAUAUUAAAGUAUUAUAUUUUA